GAUGAACUCCUCGCCGCACUACAGCUGCUCCCCUACAUCAGCCAGCUGAUCAACCAUGGUCAUGUUAAUGCUGAGUCAACAGUUUUCAUCAAGUCCAUGUAUCAGUUAGCAUGGAACCUUUCUUUGCGAUGCCCUGACCCUGUAAAUGCUCUGAAGCUCCAACAACACUCGUUAAUUUUUCUACUUUCAUGUGACCCCAACUCACUUAGUAAAGUCGUGGCUCUUGCCGAAAUGACUGCUUCAAAUUUUUCAUCUAAAGCUAAAAGUGAAAACUCAGAAAUGUGUGGAAAGUCCAACUCCUCAUCUGAAAAUACUGAAGGCUGCUGUCCAAGCAGUUCAACCUCUGCAAAAAAUGAUGUAGCACAGCAGGUGGUUUCAUUUUAUCACCAGAUUCUCUCCUCUGUCUUGAUUCACAUCUCUAAGUCUGGAACAAUAUUACCUGCUGAUGUUAUUGACGUGAUAACCCUGCUAAGCUCGUGUGCAAUUCACCAGCACACUAACGUCUUGAAAUAUUCCCUGAAGACUCUGAAGAGCUUGUGCAACCAGGAGUGCUAUAGCGCCAUGUACACCGGACUCCAGACUUUGCUUGCGGCUCUCAAGGUUCAGCACUUUGGUGCUGAAGCUGUCAGUGGUUUAGACGCAGCGCUGGGCAUGGUAAAGCAGUACCACUCCAUUGUUAAUGUUGAUGAUGGCGCUCGUAAAGUUGCUCUGCACUGCCUGCUGUGUGUGCUAGCAGCUCUAGAGGACCGUGACUCCCAGGACGCCACGUAUCUGCUGUCGUCAAUUGCUGGGCUUGAGCAAACUCUGAGUUUGGUGCUCACCUAUUGCACACCUGAUGCUGAUAGCUCCAUCAAACUGAAGGUUGUUGGGGCAAUGAACUGUUGGCUACGAACACUUGUGCUGCUCCUCAAUAACAACAACGGCUCAUCAUCCAACACUGCUAAAACUGAGGCCUUGAAAAAAGCUAGUUUUUGGUGCUCAAAAGCUGAACUUGAUAUGCGAUCCUUGCUACCUCUUGAUGCUGACUCUGCCUCCCACUACCAAAACCUGGGGAUCAACUGUGGGAACCUGGGCGUGCUCUGCUACAGAGCUGGUGACUACAGAGGUGCUGCAGCCUGUCUUGCCCCAUGCAUAUCAUUACAGGAAUCAUACACGUUUGUUGUGCCACAACAGCGGGCUUCAGUCAUGAGUGCUUUGUACAAGAAACGCUCAUUGUUGAUUGAUGCCCUGCGAUUUUCCGAGAAUUUCAGCUCGUCAGCGACCGUACUGGCAAAUCAACUGCUUCAUUAUGCAGACGAAAUGACUUGGAACAAUAAGGCUACCGCUCCUCCAUAUGACGCUCUCAUCGGGCAGUGGUUCAAGCUGAAGAAAGAUGCCAUGAAAGGAAAAUGCAGCGCCCUGCAGGGUGUUGUGUUGUGGUCAGUUGUGGCCGGUGAGAUCGCCCGACAACCUCACUUGAAGCCGGACACUUCAGUGCAAGCCGAGAUACUUUGUAGAGAGUUCAAUGCUGCUGUCUCUGCUGGGUUCGACUACAGCACCGAGCAGUUGGAGUGCGCAGUGCAGCUACAGCACGUGGCGCUCAGUGAGCUGCAGACGCCAGCGUGCCAUGGGUCGCACGCCAAACUCCUGCUUGUUAGAUCUCUGCUCAUGUGCUCCCAGGUGGUGUAUCUUAAGCCUGAAAUCAUCGUUCCCAAGUCCUUCUCACAUCAAGUCCUCAGCUCGGAACUGAAGAAAGCAAAAUGUCUUGGCCAGGAGAACGCUAAGCUCUGCUGCUCCUGGCAGCUCCAGCACAGCUGCCCUGCCCUCGCCGUCCUGUCGUUUUCUGUGCCUGUCUGCAGCGCCAUGACAUCUUCGUUUGAUGAACGUCCUUUUCAAAGUUCCUGUGAAAAAAACUUCUUGACCACUGAUAACUAUUCUUUAGAACAAGAUCUAACGAAGAAAAACUCAUUGGCUGCUGAAAACCAUUCUGUAGAACAAGAUCUACCAAAGAAAAACUCAUUAGCUGCUGGCAACCAUGAUUCAGAACAAGAUCUACCGAAGAAAAAUGAUGCUUGUGCCACCAAAGUGGCCAGGGGUCUUGGCAAGCCACCCAAAACUGCUGCUAGAAGUAAACUGAAGGAUCCUGCUGAGUUGACUGACGGGAAGGAAGUUUCAGUUGAGUGGCUGGAGACGAUCGCUGAGGUGCAUUGCUGGCUGCUAUUUGCUUUACAACAGCAGCAGGAAAUGCUGGCAAAACCACAGGACCCGCCGUCAGCUCCCUCGUCCCUGACGGCGGCGACGGCUGACCUCGGCGACGAGCAGCAGCCUGACGACGCGUGCGACGUGCGCAGCAACACCGUCACGCUGCUGCACUCCUCUGCACUGCUGCACGCUGCUGCACACCUCCAUGCUGCACUGCACUCCUGGCACCGCAUCAGGGACUGA